AUGCUAAUCACCGUAUCGUCCUCCUUUCGAACUGCAUUGAAAAUUGCCCAGACCAUCUCUGGCCCAGCGCUGGCUACUUGCUCUUUGAUCAUGAAAAGUCUUGUGAUCGGAUUUUUGAUUCCUUCGCUCAAACAGGAGUUGCCGCCUACGCGACUUCCGGUCUGCAUGGCUGGCUUCACCAAAAAAGCAGGCUGGAUCAAGUCUAGUUUGAUUGCGAAGCUUCAGUAUUUUGUUGGUCACAAUAACUAA